ACCCACGGGCGGCGGAGGCGGGCGCGCGGCGCAGACAGCAGCUCCAGCUGGAGAGGCGCCGUCGGAUCUGCGUCGUCCCGAGCGUAGACCGGAGCUCCCCGCCGCCCCUGCGGCUGAGCGGGCCUCGGCAGCAGCCGACUGACGGCUCGGCCGCCACAGACAGAUUGGCCGCCAGCCCCCAGCUCCCGGAGGAGCCCCUGCCGCGUCCACGCCGCCCGAGCCCAGCAGGUGCUGGGAAACCGCAGGCGAGCGCGCCCCGUGCCGCCGACCCCGAGCCCCGCCCGCCGUUCUCCGUCCGCCGUCGGGGCGGCCGCGGCCCCGGUCCCCGCCCGGCCGCGGAGCGGAUGCGCGCCCGCUGAGCGCCCGCCCGGCCCGGCCAUGGCCGCGCGCCCCGGGCCGCUGUGGCUCGUGGGCCUGGCGCUGUGCGCGCUGAGCGGCGGCGGCCCCGGCCCGCGCGCCCCGGCCGGCUGUCCGGCCCGCCGCCUGGGCCCGCGCGAGCGCCGCGACAUGCAGCGCGAGAUCCUGGCGGUGCUCGGGCUGCCCGGGCGGCCCCGGCCCCGCGCGCCGUCCGCCGCCGCCCGGCUGCCUGCGUCGGCGCCGCUCUUCAUGCUGGACCUGUACCACGCCAUGGCCCGCGACGACGACGAGGACGGCGGCCCCCCAGAGCGGCGCCCGGGCCGCGCCGACCUGGUCAUGAGCUUCGUCAACAUGGUGGAGCGUGACCGUACCCUGGGCCACCAGGAGCUCCACUGGAAGGAGUUCCGCUUUGACCUGACCCAGAUCCCAGAGGGGGAGAUGGUCACAGCCGCUGAGUUCCGGAUUUACAAGAUGGCCAGCACCUACCUGCUCAACGGGACCCUGCACGUCAGCAUGUUCGAGGUGGUCAGAGAGCAGUCCAACAGGGAGUCUGACUUGUUCUUUUUGGAUCUUCAGACGCUCCAAGCUGGGGACGAGGGCUGGCUGGUGUUGGACGUGACAGCAGCCAGUGACCGCUGGUUGUUGAGCCGGAACAAGGACCUGGGGCUCCGCCUCUAUGUGGAAACGGACGAUGGGCACAGCGUGGAUCCUGGCCUGGCCGGCCUGCUGGGGCGACGGGCGCCGGGCUCCAAACAGCCCUUCCUGGUCACUUUUUUCAGGGCGAGCCCUGGUCCCGUCCGAGCCCCUCGGGCAGCGAGGCCCCUGAAGAGGAGGCCACCCAAGAAAACCAACGAGCUGCCACACCCGAACAAACUCCCGGGGAUCUUUGAUGACGUUCACGGCACCGACGGCCGGCAGGUUUGCCGGCGGCACGAGCUCUACGUCAGCUUCCAGGACCUCGGCUGGCUGGAUUGGGUCAUUGCUCCCCAAGGCUACUCGGCCUAUUACUGUGAGGGGGAGUGCUCCUUCCCGCUGGACUCGUGCAUGAACGCCACCAACCAUGCCAUCCUGCAGUCCCUGGUCAGUACCGCGUCCAUCCUGUCCCCACCCACGGGGAGAGGGCUCGUGCAGCCAGGUGGAUGGAAGCGCCUGCUCGGGUCUCAGGGAGCUCUCCCCACCCUUCACUGUGGGCACACGCAGUUAACUUCCCAUGUCUGUACAGGAACUGGUCCCUAUGUGGCCACGUUCACAUGUAGACCCCUAGGCAUCUGAACCCACACACACCCGACUUACCCUGACUGCUUGUGCACACCCAGAUCCGUGCCCUGCACAUGCACGUGUAAGGCAUUCACGUACAUACGUGGGCACCCAGAUUUACAAGACAUGCUUGCUUCUGGUCACACAUCACACCACAACACACACAUAACAUGUGCAUCCCACCUGUGUACCUGUGUGCUCUAAACACACAUCACCGUGUCCCCUGGCAUCCUCGGCCUCCUGUUGCACAGAUGCCUGUGGGGUGAGUGACAGGCAUGUGCAUUCAGCCAUCUGCUGCACAGUGUAUGAGGAGAGCGUUACAGGUGUGACCUGGGUGACGUGCUGGGCUUUGCCCCCCACUUCUGUUCACCUCCCCAUUGUCUUUUUCCUGGUCCCUUAGUUCUUUGUGUCUCCCACAGGAAGUAAAUGCUUUUGAUCCUGUCUGGGUUACCUUUAAAUGCCGAAUAAUAGUUUCUGUGAGGA